CUGACAGAGGAGCAGAAGUGAACUGACAGAUAGACUGAGCUCUUUAUCAGUCACUGUAUGCCUCUUAAAUCCUCUGUUUGUGAUUUCACACUGUACAUGGGGUUCUUGAAUUUCCAGCCCACGUUUGUCCUCCUGUAGAGGCUCCGCGGAGGGAAUCAUGGUGAGAAACAUUGAUGACCUGGAAUUCUGUCUCCCCUCUCACUCAGACUCUAUUCUAACAGGUCUGCAGUCUUUGCGGUUUAACCCCCAGCUGUCAGAUGUUACACUAAUAGUCCAAGGCCGGGAGUUCCCAUGUCAUCGUGCAGUGCUAGCUCUCUGCAGCCAGUAUUUCCAUGCCAUGUUUACAGGAAACUUCCAGGAAAGCAUAUCUGCUCAUGUGGAGAUCAAAGAGGUUGAUGCAGAACUCAUGGAGACCUUAAUUAAUUUCUGUUACACCGGUCGUCUGACUAUUAACCAGGUAAAUGUAGAGGGACUGAUUCGUGUCUCCAAUCAGCUGAAUUUUCCUGCUGUGCGGAAGGUGUGUAUUCGGUAUUUGCAGCAGCAGAUGGAUGCUACCAAUUGCUUAGGCAUCUGGGAAUUUGGUGAAAGACAUGGCUGCCCUGAGGUUAUUGCAAAGGCCUGGUCUUUCCUACAGGAGAACUUUGAUGCUGUGACCCAAGAGGAGGAAUUUCUACUUUUGCCACCUGAGCAUCUACUUCGUUACUUGGGUGAUCCGCUGCUACAAGUAAGGGAAGAUCACAGCCGGGCAAAGGCGGUUCUUCAGUGGGUGCGGAAAGAUGAGGAGAGGCGGGCCUCAUACCUCCCAGAGUUGCUGAAUAUGGCCAGACUGUCAAGCUUGACUGAUCAUUACCUGCAAGAGCUAAUGGAUGCUGAGCCAUUGAUCAGUGAAUCAGAGACAUGCCGAGCACUGAUUACACGGAACCUGGGGCAGGUGACCAAGGGCUCUACUGAGCAGACACCAGUAUCUCUCCAACAAGUACUGGUGGUGGUAGGCGGAAAGGUUCUUGAGGAGGAAGAAGAUGAAGAUGACGAUGAAGAAGAUGACACCCCGCCAAGGACAUUGCCAAACUUUGCUUAUUAUAAUCCCAAAACUAAAAUGUGGAUGGAUCUCCCAGAUUUCCCGGAUUAUAAUAAGUGGGGGUUCUCUGUCACAUCACUAAACAAUGAUGUCUAUGUUACAGGUGGCUCUCGUGGUUCGCGAGAUGAUUCUUGGUCAACACGUCAAGGAUGGCGUUUUGUCCUGAAUGAAGGGAUAUGGAAACCCUUAUCUCCUAUGGUUAAUCCACGGACUAAUCACGCCAGUGCCUCUUUGAAUGGGGAGAUAUAUGUCAUAGGAGGAACCCUGCAGGAAGCAGUGGAGGUGGAGUGUUAUGACCCCUACAGUGGAACGUGGUCACCAGUGAGCUCUGCACAGAAGUACGUCAGCAACUUUACUGUAGUUGGGUGCAGCGGGAAGCUGUACUUGGUUGGUUCCUGUGCCAUAAAGUACAAUGCACUGACCCUGCAAUGCUACAAUCCGUCUACAGAUAGCUGGUAUGUCAUCGCAUCUCCAUUCAUCCCAAAGUACUUGUCGUCGCCUCGCUGCUGUGCACUGGAAGGGGCUGUGUACCUAAUUGCUGACAACACCAAGAAAGUUUACAUGUAUCAGCUAGAAGCCAAUCUGUGGAAGAAGGUUCAGCUCCUGCAUACUCUACAUGAGAAUGGAGGGAUGACCUCUGUUGGGUCUCAGAUCUACGUGACGGGCGGUCACUGGCAGGGCAUGGCACGUGAAUACAGAGUGGUGAUGGAGUCAUACGACAGCCUUGCAGAUGUUUGGACUCGGGAGGGGGCUCUCCCAAGUCGGUGGAUGUAUCACUGCACCUCAGCCAUCUUCAUGGACACCUCACGCUGGACAAGGAUAUUCCAGGGACAGUCUCAGAUGGAGGUCUGACAAUGUCAUGUCUCACAUGACGACAGAAGCAGGAUAUGUACUGAAUGGAUUAUGCAAAGAAAGCUUUACAACUGACUGUGGAACUUCUUGGUUCACAGUCUUAUUCUGGCAUGGGAAGUGUUAAUUGUACCCAUUCACUUGUAAAGCUGCUGAUUUUGUAAUUUGUUUCACAAACCUGGCAUCCUAUGGUGAGUCAAUUACACUGACCAGGUCAAUUCCAUUGUCGUUUGCUUACGGCUAAUCCAUAAUGUUAAAUUGCUAUGCUUUUAUAUUAUUGAUUUUUUAUCUGUUAGCACUGUAUGUAGAAUACAGAAUUAUGUAUCAUUAUACAAUGCCAAUGUUUUGUACCUAAAUGAAAUGCAAUGUUUAACCUUCAUGUAGCCUAACCCUGCCAUUUAUAAGUGAGAGAAAAUAUAUACAGGAGCUUCAUGAACUUUGCAAUUAUCUGCUAAUUUACUUAAUAGCCCUUAAGGUUAAAGGUUAUGGUCUUGUGGUUUUUCUAUUUUAAAAGCAUUAUAAAUACUUGUUUUCCAAUGGACGCUUGCUACAACCCAGCCCUAAGGUCUUGUUUUAUCAUCCCGCCCUUCAUUCAAGCUCUUAGCACAAUGUUGCCUAACUCUAGUCCUCAGGAACCUAUCAGGGCAUGCUUUACAGAUAACCUCUGUAUUCAUAGUUGCCUACUCUGCUACUACCCUCCUCCGGGAGGUGGCAGCGUGGUAGGCGCAUCGGGGCAUGGGCGGUGGCGAGGUGGGAUGUCGGGGCGUGUCCAAUGGCAAGGCGGGCUAUCUGCGGCAUGAGUGGUGGGAGAGGUGGCCAGCCCAAGGGUGUGGCAUCACAAUGGUGUCAUCAUGGCUCCACCCCCACUAUACAGUGCCAAGAAAACAGGCACUGUAUAGUUGGGGGUGGAGCUAUGAUGACAUGAUUCAGCACAAAUGGCGUCAUCGGAUCCCCUCGGACCACCCACUUGUUCUCUGCUGUGGGCGGCUGAGGGAGGUUCCGGUGGGGUUAUCAGGGAAAGGAGGAGACUUGCCCACCUUUCCGAGGGGACGAGAAGACUACCCGAUUUUCGUGAGCCUCCCAGCCAUUCUGGGAGAGUAGGCAAGUAUGUCUGUAUCACAAAUGAAAAAAAUUGCAUCACUUGUGCAAAGGCGCUUCUAGCCCAUGUUGAAAAUUUCCUUUGCUACGUAAUGAUGUAUGCCAUGGGUCACUUGUAUUGGACCUUUUUUGCCUGAUGUAGAAACUGCAUUAUUUAUAUUUGUGUCACAAUUAAUGAACCUUCCUGUGGGACACUCAGGAGGCCCUGAUAUACCCUGGUAUUUAGCACAAAGGCAACAGGUGGGGUGUACAGAUGUGGGUGACACAGAUAAAGUGCAAGUCACAUAAAUGUAGACCACACCAUCUCAAGGUGAAAAUACAAACAACCUUCAUUUACUCUUCGGUCCCCCAGCACAAUAGGCAUAUUGUUGUAACAUAAUUGAAUUAGAAAAUUCCAAAACCUCCAGUCCAGACUUACGCGUAUACAGUAUGUCACAGGAUUAAUUAGAAAGCACUUACUCUGUGUUGCUAGGCCUCCUUACAGGUGUUUUGCAGAGUGGCACUUCACUCCAACACACACCAUACGAUUUCCCCCUCUCCUCACUGCAAUCUGCUGCCACCAUGGCAGUACCACUCAUACACCGCUCCCGAGCACCAGGGGUACCUGGUGGGACAGCAGUCCUAUGGUCCUGGGUCCCCAGCUAACAUGGCAGAAGUCUGUUAUUUAAAGACUCAGAUCAACAGCAAUCAUGGUUCAGAGUGCUUCCGAACUUAUUGUUCCUCUAUUCCCAAUGAUGUGCCACGGCAAUCUCUCUUGCAGGGCCCACCCCUGACUCUCUUCUCUCCCCGGGACCAAGGCUACAGUCACCUGGGUCCUGGUAAUGCUAGCCACCACAAUUCAGCCUUAUGACUCAAUAUUAGCCAGAAGAACUGACUAAUAUUGUCAGUAAGUAUACCUCUGAUGAAACCGCUCACUUUGGAGGCGAAGAAACGCGUCAGGUGACCUAUCUACGACUGUAGAACGCAGGUGGAACGCAGCCGGAAGCCCGAACCCGGAAGCCGCGGAACGCGGCACCACAGCAUCCCUUGUUACCCUGGACUUGCGCUUUGGACUCUCUGUCUCCGUCCUUACCCUGGCCUAGCGACGGCGGUCAGCAUACUGCAUCACUAAUAGCAGGACUUGUCUAAGGGAACCGCCGCUGAGCGGUCUGCUAUUAAGCCAGCCAGUGGAUCAAGUAAGCUCUAUGGACAUUAGACAGACGUGGACCUCGUCCAUUCGACAUCAUCACUAGCCUUUACCAUUGAACAUUCUUAUCAGCUCUGCACUGGUGAAGUAUUAACAGGCUCUAUCAAGCACUAACCAGCUUCUUUCUUUUCAACUUGCAAUUGAGCUCAAUAUGCUUUAACCCUUUGUAGCCAUUAACAGCCGGCUUAUGCAUGCAAAAAACUAACAUCUAACAGGCUUUGUGUUUAAUUACCAGCAAGUUCCGAGUUUUAGGACACAGUCCUUUAUUUAAUUUACAUGUUUUAUUUUCAUUUAACUGUGUAUAUGUAAUGCUGAGGCAUUCAGCCAUUCAGUGUCUAUUUUUAGAAAUAUUUUUUUUACCAAUAAAUUCAUACAUUUACAAAACCAGCAGCUGUUGCACUAUUAUCCCUUCCGAGCGCCCACAUUAUACCUUUUUCUUCAAGUAUACGUGAUAACACCCACAAGACUCAUACUGUAUAUAUUGCUAGAAGUUACAAUCUUUUGUUUGUGGAACUCAUGAGUUAAUAAUGAAUACACCUGUUCUGGAAAACAUGAACUGUAAAGGCUCCUUGAGGAUAGAGGUCGGCCAUUCCUGUCAUAGACCAUGUGAUAAAAAUAAAUAAAUGUCUUCUACCAAAAAUAUAAA